AUGAAAUUAACUGCAUCAAUAUCGUUAUGUUUAAUCGCCCUGUUUGGAUCGAGUGCUGGUCUAAAAUGCUACACUUGUGGCUGGUGGAGCAAAAGUUGCGGUGAUCCAUUCAUGAAAGAUGACUAUCUUUUAGUUGAAUGUAAUACUAGAGCGAUUAAUGAUUUCAACCACGAACUAGGAAAUACCCUAAAUACAGCCAGUAAUGCUCUACAAAAUUUCGCAAAUCAGGUGGGUUUCAACAUCAAUCAAAACAACAAUUUCAAUUUGCCUACCAUUAGUGAAGAUUCAGUUGGAUGCACUAAAGUAGUACUUACACACGGAGAAGAUAUUGUACGAGUGGCUCGAGGAUGCGUUUACAACAAAGCAGACUUGUGCAAGGGAAUGCAAAGACUUGACGACGAGCUGAAAACCCUCAAAUACUGUGGUUCGUGCGACGACGACGGAUGUAACGGUUCUAGGUCGUUGAAGUCUUCGGCGGUCGCGACAAUUCUGACCACGAUGGCCACGUGCCUGUUCUACAGGCUACAGCACUAA